CCGACCGAAUGCGACGCGGCACCGCCGUCGGCGCGCUUGACAUUCCUCGCGUGGCCGCGCUCGUUUAUCGGGCCGAAAUAUCGGCGCUUUUGUUAAUGCACGGCAGUGCCAAUCGUUAGAAUAGUCGCCAUUUUGUCCGGAGAGGUAGCCCGGUCGGAGGCGAACGGAGCGAAAAUAGGCGCUGCCUGGACCGCGAGGAUCAUCGCGGAUCGCAUAAUGUAGGUAUAGUUUAUUAACACAAGGCCUUUAGAAUAUAACUAUAUUUAAUGUCAGUGUAUAAGCUGGAUGCUUGUUAUUGGUGGUGUAAUCAUUGGACCAAGAGAUAUUGAGACAGUUAAGGCAUAGUAAAGAAGGUGCAAAAUGACGAUUGCCACAAGGGGCCAGGGAGUUGGUAUAGAUCCUCCCGACAGCCAGCAAAAUACACAGAUGCACAGUCCACCUGGUCCACAACAAUUGGCUGACACAAUGUCGGGACUUCAACUCACAGAGAAUGUGGUACAAACUGAAUGCAGCAAUGAUGCUAUCACUUCAAUAGAAGAUAGCAAUCAGCUUCAUGGAGAACCUGAUUUUCCUGUUUCCAAACUUAAUAUGCUUCAUGAGAAAAUAUCUAGUCCACGAUGGGUUGUACCAGUUCUACCCGAACAAGAAUUAGAGUGCCUGUUACAAGCCAGUAUCGAUCUUUGUAAAAAAGGAAUUGAUGUACAAAGUGAAGCGUGUCAACGCUUUUUUCGAGAAGGUCUCACAAUCUCAUUUACUAAAAUAUUAACAGAUGAUGCAGUAAACAGUUGGAAGUUAAAUAUUCAUAAUUGUAUUAAUGCUAAUUGUGGACGUUUGGUGGAACUGUGUGUCCUGAAAUUAGAUGAGGAUUGGUUUCCUCUACUUGAUUUACUGGCCAUGGUUUUCAAUCCUAGUAACAAAUUUCACACAUUUAAUGCAGUAAGAGUUUCAGAAACUGUUCCUCCUGGCAGUGACAUUCCUGAUGAGGAACUCUAUGCUCGUCCACCACAGGAUUCGCGUAGUCCUCGUGGUUGGCUGGUAGAUCUUAUAAACAGAUUCGGAAGUCUCAAUGGAUUCGAAAUUUUGCUCUCUAGAUUUCAGAGCGGACGUAAUUUAACAGUGCCAGUUAUCUAUGCUUUAAUCAGACCUUUUGGCUUGUGUUAUGAACUAUUGACUGUUCACACAAUAGUUAAAUAUCUGAUGCCUAUUGUCGAAAUGGUACCUCUUAUUUUGAAUAAUUUAACUGACGAUGAGUUGAAGAAAGAAGCAAAAAAUGAAUCAAAAAACGAUGCAAUAUCAGCCAUAAUCAAAGCUGCUAAAUGCUUGGUGUCACGUGUACCUCAUCAGGAGGAGAUGAUAAAGAACUUGGAAAUACUGAGACUGAAAAUGAUAUUGAGACUCUUACAAAUUUCUUCGUUUAAUGGAAAGAUGAAUGCUUUAAAUGAAGUUAAUAAAGUAAUAUCUAGUGUUAGUUAUCAUCAACAUCGUAAUACGAUAGUUGAGGAGGAGGAGUGGCUUACAGCAGAGCGUAUGGCGAAAUGGAUUAAGGACAAUGGAGUGUUGGAAAUCGUACUGAGGGAUUCGUUGCAUCAACCGCAAUAUGUAGAGAAACUGGAGAAAAUUUUACGCUUUAUUAUUAAAGAACGUGCACUUACAUUAGAAGACUUGGAUGCUGUCUGGGCCGCACAGGCUGGGAAACAUGAGGCCAUUGUGAAGAACGUUCAUGACUUGUUGGCCAAAUUAGCUUGGGAUUUUAGUCCUGAACAACUUGAUCAUCUAUUUGAAUGUUUCCAGACAAGUUGGAGGACUGCCAACAAGAAGCAACGAGAGAAACUAUUAGAAUUGAUUAGAAGACUCGCGGAGGAUGAUAAAGACGGUGUUAUGGCGCACAAGGUAUUAACACUUUUCUGGACUUUGGCUCAUUCUGAUGAAGUCCCUACAGAAAUCAUGGAUCAGGCACUGAAUGCUCAUGUAAAGAUUCUUGAUUACUCAUGCUCACAAGAGAGAGAUGCGCAAAAGACAAUCUGGUUGGAUAAGUGCGUUGAAGAGUUGAAGAAUGGUGAUAAGUGGGCCCUUCCUGCGUUGAAGCAAAUUCGCGAAAUAUGUUGCCUUUAUGAACCAAAUCCCAAUAUGGGUCACAGUCAGCGUGGCCAUCACUUGCAUUACAGGCAAGAAGUAAUAGAGCGUUUACAAAGUGAACAUUCGGUAGUCAUACUUGUAACAAAUAGUUUAACAAAUUAUAUGGAUAAAGUGCGACAGUUAGUGAGGGAAAAUCCUGAAAUCGACGCAAAUACUUUUAUGCCUGAUGGUCGAUACAAUCAUAUUAUGCAAAUACAAGAAAGAUUGAAUUUCUUGCGCUUCUUAUUAAAAGACGGACAAUUAUGGCUAUGUGCAGAUCAGGCAGACCAAAUCUGGCAAUGUUUAGCCGAACAAGGUGUAUUCGUUUCGGACCGUGAGGUGUGCUUCAAAUGGUUCUCCAAACUUAUGGGGGAAGAGUCUGAUCUGGAUCCAGCAAUAUACAAGAACUUUUUUCAAAAUAACAUACUGCAAUUAGACCCGACAUUACUUACAGAAAGUGGUAUUAAGUGUUACGAAAGAUUUUUUAAAGCUGUUAAUUCUAAGGAAGGAAAAUUAAAACUGAAACGCAGAACAUUUCUCAUGGAUGACAUGGAUUUAAUCGGGACUGAUUAUUUGUGGAGAGUAGUAACAAAUAGUCCUGAGGAAAUAGCAAACAGGGCCAUUGAACUCUUAAAGGAGGUGAACACUAAUCUAGGACCACGACUGCAAUCGUCCGUUUUGGCGUUUCAUGAAACACACAUAGCCGAAUGUAUGGACAGACUGAAAGCUCACUAUGAUACUGUAACUGUUCUCAACCGAGUAUAUUUGGAUGGAAGGGAAGAACGCGAAGAACAAGUGACAAAUAAGAUUAAAGUAGAAGCCAUGAAAAUGUGUCGUGUUAUGAAAGUUUUACAGGAGUAUAUAAAUGAGUGUGAUACGGCUUUCCCAGGGGAACGGAAAAUAUUACCGUUACAUAGAGCAGCUCGUGGGAAGCAUCUGUCUCUUGUCAUACGCUUUGCAAAUCCUGGUCGAAAUGUUGAUGAUAUAGACGUUUUCACGCAUAGUAAUGACACCUUAGCUUCAUUGAGACGUCAAAUAUUGCGCAGAAUUAAAGCAACAGGAACAAACGUUAAACUCGAUUUAUUCAUUAACGGAGAAUCCUUAGAACCAUCCGAUGAUAAGAAACUGCUUUCCCAAAUUCCACUGAGAGAUAAAAUGUUGUUGUCUGCGAAGCUCAGUCAAGUAAAUAGCAAUAUGCCAAGUUCACCGGAUAGUAGCUCAGAUAGCUCCACUAGUUCUCCACAUCAUCCAUAUGAUGGACCGAAUGUAGAAGCAGAGAAUAGUUUGCCUGGUGUGGUAAUGUCGCAGAGAUCGCAGUACGCGACAUUUUUCUUUCAAUUAGCAGACCUUGGCUGUACUCUUCAGCAUUCGCAAUUGCGCGAUGGUGCACGAAAUCUCUUGCAACUGGUGCCGCCAGACACCUUCACUGUAACAAGAUUACAGUGGUUGUUUGAUCAUUACAAAGAUGAUGAAACUUUACAGAACCCCCAGAAUAACGAGCAGAAUACGACGGUAGAUUCUCUAUUUUUUACUGCAAGUCCUAGCCAAGUUUUAUACAAUUUAGAGGUGUUAUACACUUUGUUAAUGCCAGCUCUCGAUCCUACGUCCGAGAGAGCGUUUGAAUUUCAAUAUAAUUUCAUAAAAAGCGGCGAGGCGGGUGUUAUUCUCGACAUGUUGACCAAAAAUAGGUUCUUACCGAACGCGGAUGAAACCACGAAGCGGUCCGCGUAUCUGACCGUGCUGAGAUUGUGUAAGCUUCUUCUGACAGUGCUGGGUAAUGUGAUGGCGUGCGUGAUGGACGAGGUCCAACAAACUGGAGGUCCAGAGAAUCAUGAUAAUAACGUUAACAAUCGUGGUCCAGUGACGGUGCUGAAGCAAGCAUUGCAGAGCGUGCCCAAUCAAAGUACCGAAUACAUGCUGAGAAGCGUGGCGGCAAAACUGGCGCAGCAUUUGGCACAUCGGAUGCUAUCCAGCGGACCGGAUGCUGACCGAUGCCGCCAGCUUUUCGUGCAAGCCCUUUCGUGGGAAUUACCGGAUGUGGCUACUAUACGUGCCAUAAUUAGAUUAGCAUGGGCCGCAUCCACGGGUAACUUGAAUAACAUCAAUGCGUCGACCGAAGCUCUUCACUCGAUGCACGAGACCAAUCAGAAGGAACAGAGAAACCCAGACAACAACGACGUCCUUGUAUGCAAGGAGGCACUCGAAGUACUCACCAUCACCCUUGUGCUGAAUCCGACAGCGCUGGAGACUUUGUCGAGGGAAAAAAUCUGGCACACAUUCUUGAUAGAUCUUGUGCUAUUGAGUACGUCGAGGGCCAUUAGGCUCGCCGCUGCCGAACAAUUUUAUCUCAUAUCGACGUGGUGCAGUAGCGGACAUCAGCCACUACUGGUCACUAUAACUCUCCUCUUCACCGUUCUAAACACUACCGUCAUGGAGAACGCGAAGCAGAGUCACGAAUAUUUUCAACUUUUGUGCCGGUUGUUGAACUUCGCGCAUAUAUCGACUUGCCCUCUUACGACUGCUGAGACGUUGUUAAACGUUGAAAUAGCUUGGCUGAAAAGAGUCCGGGACAACGUGAAGGAAACUGGAGAGAGCCAGGUAGACGAAGCUGUGCUCGAAGGCCACUUGGGUCUGACGAAAGAACUAUUAGCUUUCUUACCACCUAGCCAAAAGUACGAACUCGGCUCCGACGAGAAGCACGGAGUGAACUUAAUCAAGGAAUUAGUCGAGGACUUUGUGUUUCCCGCGUCUCGCCUUAUGCUGCAGCUUCGCAGCACCGGCGAGCUGAGCGCCUCGCAGGCUUGUCCUGUGUGCACCACUCCUCAGUCAACUAGCGCUGCAUUCGACUUGCUUGUAGGCCUCUGUGUAGGCUGUGUACCCAACAUGAAACUUCUAGUCACAAUGCUCACCGACAUGUUCUAUUCCGAGAAGGAUGAGCCAUUGGUAGAGUGGGAUUACCUACCACCUGUGGGGCUCAGGCCGCUCAAAGGCUUCGUAGGCUUGAAGAAUGCAGGAGCAACCUGCUAUAUGAAUUCAGUAUUACAGCAGUUAUACAUGGUGGAGAGCAUUAGAGUCGGACUCUUGUCGGCUGAAGGCGCAGCUACUGAUUUAAAUGAGGACUUUUCGGGUGAGGAGAGGAUCGAAGGUGAGCAGACGAUCGAGACGAAUGACAACGACACGAACGAGGAGAAAUGCGGUGCCGAUGAGUCUAGGAAGGAGUACAACGUUGGUAUUUUGAAGCAAGUGCAAGCAAUAUUCGGUCACUUGGCUUACAGCAAACUGCAAUACUAUAUACCAAGAGGAUUGUGGAAACAUUUCAAACUUCAAGGAGAACCUGUAAAUCUUAGAGAACAGCAGGAUGCGGUAGAAUUCUUCAUGAGUUUAGUGGAGAGCUUAGACGAGGCAUUGAAAGCCUUAGGACACGAGCAAAUAAUGGGCAAGAUUCUUGGUGGCUCAUAUAGCGACCAAAAAAUCUGCAAAGGUUGCCCUCAUAGAUAUUCCAAAGAGGAGCCGUUCAGUGUGAUAAGCGUGGAUAUACGGAACCACAGUAAUUUAUUGGAUUCUCUUGAACAAUAUGUCAAGGGAGAAUUGCUGGAAGGAGCGGACGCCUAUCACUGCGAUAAAUGCAACAAAAAGGUUGUAACAGUGAAAAGGUUGUGCGUAAAAAAACUGCCACCCAUCUUAGCGAUUCAAUUGAAAAGAUUCGAAUAUGACUUCGAACGUGUGUGUGCUAUAAAAUUCAAUGAUUAUUUCGAGUUUCCACGAGAUCUGGAUAUGGAACCGUAUACCGUCUCCGGUUUAGCCAAACUGGAGGGAGAAGUCAUAGACUGCGACUACGAGGAGUCUGUGAAAGGAACUUGCACGAAAUAUCAAUUAACUGGUAUCGUGGUUCACAGUGGUCAGGCUAGCGGUGGCCAUUAUUAUUCUUACAUUCUGCACAGGCAAAAUGAUGGUACCGCAAAGUGGUAUAAGUUUGACGAUGGCGAUGUGACGGAAUGUAAAAUGGAGGAGGAGGAAGAAAUGAAAUCCCAAUGCUUCGGUGGCGAUUACUUAGGAGAGGUGUUCGAUCAUAUGCUCAAGCGAAUGAGCUAUCGUAAACAGAAGCGAUGGUGGAAUGCGUACAUGUUAUUUUAUACAAGACUAGAUGUAGAAGAGAAUUCUCUAAUGAAAAGUGUAAAUGAAUUGUCAUUGUAUACGAAACUAGGUGUUAUGAAAAUGCCACCAGCGAUAGAGUACAGCGUACGAAAGCAAAAUAUUAAAUUUAUGCACAACCGAAAUCAAUUUAGCGCGGAGUAUUUCCAGUUCAUCAAGAAAUUGGUGUCUUGUAAUCCGCAUAACAUUACCAGACAAAAUCUGAAUGAGAAACUUACUCCCGAAGCGGAAGAACUUUCGAUGCUAUCGAUUCAGCUAGCAUCGAGAUUCCUCUUCUACACAGGUUUCCAUACUAAAAAAACGUUACGCGGCACAGCAACGGAUUGGUACGACAUUGUGUGUCACCAUCUGCGUAGCAGUAAAGCAGUGCGUUCUUGGUUUGCCAAUGAAGUACUAUUUAAUCAUCCGCAUAGAUUUUGCGAGUACCUUCUCAGCUGUCCUAGCACGGAAGUGCGAACAGCUUUCCUCAAAAUUUUGGUAUUCCUCGCGCACGCUUCUCUACAAGAUGGUCCAUGCGCGCCACCCAGCCUAAAUGCACCGACUAUACUCUUGGAUCCCGUAGCGACGCUCAGUGACCACCUGCUGCAUGCGGUGCUUUCGUUGCUCCACCGUGAAAUCUCGGAUCACGGGCGUCAUCUCCCCAAUUACUUCUCCUUGUUUCAUGCAUAUGCUUCGCUCGGUCUUGCCGAGAAGGCGCAGUUGCUUAAGCUAAAUGUACCCGUGACAUUUAUGUUAGUCGCAAUCGACGAGGGACCGGGUCCUACUAUAAAGUAUCAGUAUCCCGAAUUAACGAAAUUGCAUCAGGUGGUUAGUAUGUUGAUACGAUGUUGCGAUGUAUCGUCAAAGACGCAUUCGAGUCACACGCAGUCACGCGCGGAACCCUUACCGAAUCCAUAUGGAGAUCCCGCGUGUCAAUCGGAAUACCUAAUGCCGAUCCAACCUCAAGCAGCUGAUAUACUGUUUAUUCGUACCAGUUACAUCAAGAAAGUGAUCGAAGACGCGAAUGUGACAGAAGACUCAGUUAAGUUGCUACAAUAUUGUUGUUGGGAGAAUCCACAUUUGUCACGAACAGUGCUUUAUGAAUUGUUGUGGCAAAUAGGAUUCGCUUAUACUCAUGAGCUGAGACAUCACACGGAUCUGUUGCUCGCGAUAUUACUGAUGGAAGAUUCGUGGCAGACACACCGUGUGCACAAUGCACUUAAAGGACUUCCGGAGGACCGCGAAGGUUUAUUCGAUACAAUAACACGAAGUAAAAAUCACUAUCAGAAGAGAGCUUACCAGUGUAUUAAGUGCAUGGUGCAACUAUUUAGCAAGUGUAGACCUGCGCAUCAGCUGUUGCAUCAUAGUCCAGACCUAAAAAGGAAAUGGAGUCAAGCUAUAGACUGGCUUCACGACGAACUUGACAAAAGACCAUAUGCUUCUACGGCGCCGUACACACAUGCGUACAAUAAUUGGUCUCCAACGGCGCAAUCUAAUGAUUCCGCAAACGGUUAUGUAUUGGAGCGUAGUAAUAGUGCGAGGAAGACAUUAGAACGGGCAUGUGAAUUAUGCCCUGACGAAGAGCCGGAAGUUGAAGAAACGAGCGAAGAAUGUGCGGAGGAAGCUGAAAAAUAUCAACACACUUCUAAGUAUCAAUCUAUCAACUCAUCGAAAUUUCAACCAGUCGAACGGUUUCGAACCAAGAAGCGUAACAACAGAAGCUUAGGGUGGGCAUCUAUGGAUUAUCCUGACUUUAGUGUAAUCCAACAAAUGCAAGAAGAACAACAGCCUCAGCCAGGCCCAUCCCCAGUUCACACGCCCCACUUAGCACAUCAGCUGCACAGUCCGCAAAACUGUGAGUCGUCACAAAGUACCAGCCAGGAUCCAUAAUGAACGCUGAAUACUGACGUUUUGCCAAGUUGCUGCCUCAGUGAAACGAUUUCGGAAUAUUUAGAUAUUACUGCGCCAGCAGCUUGGUGCCGGGCGGUAGCAGCACAUGUACAGAUAUAACAAGUGAGGGUUUGUUUUCUUUUUUAGCGAUCGGUCUUUAACGAACUCAUGCUAAUCUCUUAGUUUCACUGUGGGUAGUUACUUUGAUAAUAUGACGCGCUAUGAAUGUUCGAACUGCAAUGGGAACUGAAACGGAAUGGGAGACGAUUCCGACUGAGAACUGAAUUAACGCAUGCUGGUUGAGGCAAUCAAUUCUCGAUGAUAUUUCUUUUCUCUCCUUAAUCUUCAUACUCCAUCAUUCAUUCGUGUAUCCCGACGGCUGUUUGGCUUCCAAUCUUGAAAAUGACAAUUCGACUAAGAAACACGCUCUCCGAGAAAAACACGCUCACUUCUUGAGUGAUCGAAAAAGCUAAUAAGUAUAGCUAAGAAGUUUUCAUUUGCCUCGAUUACAUGCAUGUGAAUUCAAAGCUUAGGAAUACCAUAAGAUUGUAUAAAUGUAUAGUGAGUAGUGUUACGGAAUCCCGUUCUCUGCCGACUAGAAGACAAAAGUAUAAAUCAUAAUUUUCCGUAUGCCUAUGUAAAUUUGUUACUAAUAAAAAAAGAAAAAGAAGUUAAAAUGGAACUUUCUAAUGAUCGAAAGAUACAAUUAAGAGAAAAAAAAAUAAAAGAAAAAAAAAAAGAAAAAUGGGCUAUAGUACGUUCUCAUCUCAUUCAGAGAAAGCACACAGUUAUCGAAGCUAUGCUCUAACAUAUAUAAAUAACGUAGCUAUGCUAUAUACAUAGCUAUACAUAGCUUUUGCUAUUUAGUCUUUUAACAACAAUAAAAGAAUCUUUCUUGUACUUAAUAAUCUUCGAGCAUUCUGAAAGAAAGACACUUAUAUCGGCGGCCUGCCGUGCUGCUAAAUCUCAACAUACGCCAAUGAUGCCUCCUAUUGUGCUUUCUUUCAGUUCGACCGAUUUGAAAGAGUUGUGCCUUCGACAUUGUGCGACUCCAUUGUACUUUUAGGUAGAUAUUUAAGAAUCAAGUUGUUGCUUCAAAUUUGAUUGCUUAUAUUUCGCUUGUUGAGUUGACUAUGGAAACAAGUAAAAAAACGGGGGAAGAAAAGGAAACUAAAAGAUUGACAGGGAACGCGUAAGAUUCAAUGAGAUAUAUACAUAUAUACAUACAUACAUAUAUAUAUAUAUAUAUAUAUAUAUAUAUAUCGUCGACGAGAGAUCGAUCGUCGGGAGCGUAUUUCGGAGCCCGAAACGAGGUUGCGGCGGGCAUCACUCUAUUUCAUCAUGACUACGUACACGUUAGAACACGACAUCGAGUUGCCGUCAUCGGUUAUGGGCAAUUGCGUAACCAAAAAGAAAAAAAAAAA